ACCAGAAUGAGUGAGUAAGUGGCUCAAAGGGGGAUGACCUACGGCGAGGAGUAGCAGCUCUGCUAAGGCCAGGAGCAGGUAAAGCACCUUGCUUCCCAGGUCCGCACAUGGGUCUCCAACGGAGCAUGCAGUGUUCGAAGGAGCAGUAUUGGGAUGAGCUCUUGCAGAGCUGCAAAUCCUGCAGGCUUGCCUGUCACCCUCCCAAGUUCAAAGAAUGCCUUGACUUCUGCAGCUCCAUGGAUUGCCGCAAACGCAUGGGCUUCUACUAUGACAAACUCCUUCUAGACUGCAUUGAUUGCUCUGGUGUCUGUGGGCAGCACCCCAAAGAAUGUGAACCCUUCUGCCAAAGAACAAGGAUCUGGGAUGUCUCUGGCGUACUGGAAGUUGAAAAGCAGGGUGGACUUUCAGAGGAUCCCGGAACCACGGUACCGGUGCCAGCUGUUCUCCAGGGUGCCCAGUGCCAGCUGGAUCCUACGUGUGACCCACGAAUGUCCAUCUACAUAGGCCUGGGACUCUUUCUUUGCACGCUGUUCUUUUUGCUCUUGACUUGGUUUUACUUUAGAAAGCGAGGGGAGGAGGUGACUUGCCAGCCCAGCCCUGUGGUUUGCCACAAAAAGGGGGGCAAUCCAAAAGAUCGCCUAAUGGAAGAAGGAAGCAUGAAAGGUGGCUCCAGUGGCAGCCAAACUCCAGAGCCCAUUGAGACCUGUGGCUUCUGCUUCCCUGAAGUAAGCCCUGCCAUUCAAGAGACCAGGGCAUGCCAAAUGACUUACCAACCAGGGGCGCAGGGGGACCUUGCUGUUCCAGGAAACAUGGGAACCAUUCCGACCCCUGAAGAUGGCCAUUUCCAAAUUAUAUGUUCUCCUUCUCAAGAAAAGAUGCAUAUGACCUGAGUCAAACUGUGAUAACUAACUAGAUGCCACACAAAUGUGUCUCCAUCCAUGGUGUUAAGAAAACUGCUUAAAUCUUUCGAGAUCCUUUCCACAUCCAACUCCAGGGUGUAGCCUUACGUUAAAUGCCAAUUUAUACAAUCCUCUAACAAACUCAUGGGCAAAAUGUUUCCCAUACUGAGCCAUUUCAGGCUGCAGGUGGUUGUAGUGAUAACGGAGGUGUGUGUGGCUCUAUGAAAAGAGCCCCCUGUAUACAAAACACUUGUACUUCUGGAAGAAGGAGUCUACUCUUCUCCUUGGUAUAGUGAUUUCUUAAAUUUGCAUUUUUGCUGUUUAUGAAAGCCCCUCUACUCCUGGCUGCAUGAGCGGACACAACCUCAAGAGGAACGCUUGGUGUAUCUUUCUCAUUCCAAAACCAAAACCAGACCAGCAACCAGCUGAGACACAGCAACAGUAAAAUGUACACAUACUGGAGCACUUGAAUGUAAUAACCACCCUUCUCCUGAACAUAAUUUGAAAUAAAGAUAUUUC